ACCAAGAUGAAGACAGCCACCAACAUCUACAUCUUCAACCUGGCUCUGGCUGAUGCCCUGGCCACCAGCACGCUGCCCUUCCAGAGCGCCAAGUACCUCAUGGGCACCUGGCCGUUCGGAGAGGUCUUGUGUAAGGUGGUGAUCGCCAUCGACUACUACAACAUGUUCACCAGCAUCUUCACCCUCACCAUGAUGAGUGUGGACCGCUACAUCGCCGUGUGCCACCCCGUCCGGGCGCUGGAGUUCAGAACGCCGGUCAAGGCCAAGCUCAUCAAUGUGCUGAUCUGGGUCCUGUCUUCGGCCAUCGGGGUGCCGAUCAUGAUCAUGGCCGUGACUAAAGUGACGGGCAAUGAUAAAACUGUUUGCAUGCUGAAGUUCCCCGACCCCGAAUGGUACUGGGAUACGGUGACGAAGAUCUGCGUGUUCAUCUUUGCGUUCGUGGUGCCGGUCAUGGUCAUCACCGUGUGCUAUGGUCUGAUGAUCCUGCGUCUCAGGAGCGUCCGUCUCCUCUCCGGCUCCAAGGAGAAAGACCGCAACAUGCGCCGAAUCACCCGCAUGGUCCUGGUGGUGGUGGCCGCCUUCGUCAUCUGCUGGACGCCCAUUCACAUCUUCAUCAUCAUAAAGACCUUGGUGGAGAUAGACAACAGGAACCCCUUUGUGAUAACCGGCUGGCAUCUGUGCAUCGCUUUGGGCUACACCAACAGCAGCCUCAACCCCGUCCUCUACGCGUUCCUGGAUGAGAACUUCAAGAGGUGUUUCAGGGACUUCUGCCUCCCCUGCCGUUCGCCAGUUGACCAGAACAGCCUGAUGCGGAGUCGCAACACCACCAGGGAGCCCGUCUCCAUCUGCACUCCUUCAGACACGGGGAAGAAGCCGGUAUGACUAGGCAUGGACCGGAUCCCCCGCGGAUCUCACUCGAGGAGGAUCCAACAGGAUCUACAGUCAGAGGUCACCCAGAUCUCCACGACAGAGUUUUGAAAGCCCCCCGUACCCUUCUAGACCUUCGCCUCCGGCAGGUGACCCCCAUGCCUCACAAUCUCUGCAAAAUGGGAACGGCUCCCCAUUCAUGUGUAAUUAGUCUAA